UGUCGUGUGUAUAAAACUAUGGUUCCCGUGUAACCUUCGAUCCCUCUCUAGGUUGGACACAUUCUACACCUUACAAGCCCUUUAUCUCCAUUGCAUCCAUUCUCACAAAAUGACAGUUAACGGGACCAACGGGCACACCAAUGGUACGAACGGUCAUGCGGCCUCACUACCAUCCCUCGACCAGUUUCUUUCCAAGGACUAUGACUUUGUCAUCAUUGGAGGUGGUGCUGCUGGCCUCUGUGUUGCCGCUCGGUUGACAGAAGACCCCAACGUGUCUGUUGCUGUACUCGAGGCAGGAAAGAACAAACUCAACGACAUGAUCGUUGAUACACCGGCCAUGCAUUUGCAGGCUUUGGGUGACCCCGACUAUGACUGGAUGCUCUUUUCAGAGCCACAGGGAAACUUCAAAGACAGAGUCCUGCACUAUCCUCGUGGUAAGGCUCUCGGUGGAUCGACAGCGAUUAACUAUAUGAUGUAUGCACGCGGAUCAGACGCAGACUUCGACGACUGGGCAGAGCUUGCGGGGGAUCCAGAAUGGAACUCUAAUGGCCUUAAGAAGUAUUUCCGCAAGCACCAAACUCUUGAGCCUUUCGAUGACUCUAUCACGGAGCGAGGGACUAUGCCUUUCGUAGGAGAAAAUCACGGUUUGGAAGGUCCAGUACGCACUGGCUUUAACAAUUUCAGGCUACCAAUCGAAGACGAUAUCAUUAAGGCGGCCGAUGAGGCUACAGGCUUGACGAAGAAACCUAUGGACCCAUGGAGUGGUGACCACAUCGGCUUCUACAACACCCUUGGUAUGGUCGCCAGAAACGGGCCACACAAAGGGAAGAGAUCAUAUGCGGCCCGAGGCUUCUUUGAACCUAAUCAGAAUCGUCCUAACCUUGCCGUCCUUUGUGAGGCGUUCGUUGAAAAGAUCGAACUCAACGGCAAAAAGGCUGUCGGUGCUACCUUCACCCACAAUGGACAGCAGCACACUGUCAAGUCAAAGAGGGAAGUGAUUGUCGCCGGAGAUGCUCUACUCACUCCACAGAUUCUUGAACUGUCGGGUAUUGGAGACCCUGAGAUCCUUCGCGCAGCAGGUGUCGAAGUCAAGAUCGAGAACAAGGGAGUGGGUGCAAACUUCCAAGACCAUGUUCUUACGGUCGGAGCUUACGAGCUAACUCCGGGCAACAUCUCACUCGACGCAAUCAUCGAUCCUCAAAUGAUGGAGCAAGCCCAGAAGAUGCUCAAAGAGCAAAAUUCGGGUCCUCUCACGUCCAUCUGCAGCACGCAAGGCUUCCUCCCGGUGAGGUGGUUCAUGACCGACGCUGAAUUGACCGAAACAGUCGAAAGCAUCCGAAAGACGGCGAACGGCUCAACGCCGUUCCAGAAGAAGCAACUCGAGCAAAUCAUCCGACAAUUGGAAAGCGAUACCUCCGCUAAUCUCCAACUUGUUGCGGUGCCGACAGCUUGUAAUACGGAAGAUGGAUGGGCCAACCAGAAGUCUAUCUUCCCCACUCCAACUGAUCCCAAGAAACCACACAAUAUAAGUCUCGCGGCGUGCUGUCAAUAUCCCGUAUCUCGAGGCACCGUGCACAUCAAGAGCUCCGAUCCAAAGGAAGCCCCAGCCAUCGACCCAGCAUUCAUCAAACACCCUGCUGACGUCGCCGUCCUGGCCGCAUCACAGAAAAUGAUGAACAAAAUGCAUCAAUCCAAACACCUCUCUUCCAAGAUCGCACGCCGUGUUUUCCCACCAGAAAACAUGGACAUGACUGACACUGCGCAAGCUAAGGCUGCCGUCAAGGAAUUCGUACUUUCGGAGUACCACCCCUGCGGCAGUGUUGCCAUGGGCGAUGCCCUAGAUUCUCACUUGCGAGUGAAGGGAGCAGAGGGCCUACGCGUCAUUGAUGCCUCUGCGUUCCCGAACAAUGUUUCGGGUAAUAUCUGUUCUGCAGUCUACGCGCUUGCAGAGAAGGGUGCGGAUAUCGUCAAGGCGGAUAACGGAAUCAAGGUUUAAUACUGGUGGAAGCGGAGACUUGGUCUACGAGUGAUGCAGCGAUUACUGUCCUACUGAAAGGCUCGGACGAGCCUUCAACUGUAACGUACCGAUGUGCUUGAGCCUUAACAGUCGUUACAUGUUUUGAUAUCAUACAUGAUGCUCCUAUUGGAGUC